GUGCUCUGAUUGGUGCGCGCACGGAGUGACGGCAAGCGCCGUGGUUCAAUCGCGCCGAGCGUGCUUUGCCAUUGUUGGCGCGUUGCGUUUUCCCCCGGCUCCCGCACUGUGACUGCCCCGGUAUCGCGGCGCGUUAACCAGCAGACUGGAGAUGAGCGGAGGCGUGUACGGCGGAGAUGAGGUGGGAGCCUUGGUAUUUGACAUUGGAUCAUACUCCGUCCGUGCUGGAUAUGCUGGAGAGGACUGUCCAAAGGUUGAUUUUCCCACGACAAUUGGAAUGCUUGUCGACCGGGAAGAUGGAAGCACACCUAUGGAAACGGAUGGAGAUCAAAGCAAAUCAAGAGGCCCAACAUACUACAUAGAUACCAACACACUCAGGGUCCCAAGGGAAAAUAUGGAGGCCUUUUCACCACUCAAAAAUGGAAUGAUUGAGGAUUGGGACAGUUUUCAAGCCAUACUGGACCACACUUACAAAAUGCAUAUCAAGUCUGAAGCAAGUUUACAUCCAGUGCUGAUGUCAGAAGCAGCAUGGAAUACUAGAACCAAAAGAGAGAAGCUUGCGGAGUUGAUGUUUGAACAUUACAAUAUUCCUGCAUUUUUCCUCUGUAAAACUGCGGUUCUCACUGCAUUUGCUAAUGGUCGCUCCACUGGGCUGAUAUUAGACAGCGGUUCUACACAUACUACAGCUAUUCCUGUCCAUGAUGGAUAUGUUCUCCAGCAAGGGAUUGUAAAAUCACCACUUGCGGGAGACUUUAUUACUAUGCAGUGCAGGGAACUAUUUCAGGAGAUUAAUGUAGAUCUCGUACCUCCAUACAUGAUCGCUUCUAAGGAGCCAGUGAGGGAAGGUGCGCCAGCCAACUGGAAAAGAAAGGAAAAACUACCUCAGGUGACGCGUUCCUGGCAUAAUUACAUGUGCAAUUGUGUGAUACAGGACUUCCAGGCUUCUGUCCUUCAGGUUUCAGACUCCACAUAUGAUGAACAGGUAGCCGCCCAGAUGCCAACGGUUCAUUAUGAAUAUCCCAAUGGUUACAACUGUGAUUUUGGAGCAGAGCGUCUAAAAAUUCCAGAAGGAUUGUUUGAUCCUUCUAAUGUUAAGGGUCUGUCUGGUAAUACUAUGCUCGGUGUCAGCCAUGUUGUGACAACAAGUGUUGGAAUGUGCGAUAUUGACAUUAGACCGGGGUUAUAUGGCAGUGUGAUUGCAGCAGGAGGAAACACGUUACUACAGGGAUUUACAGACCGAUUGACAAGAGAACUGUCGCAAAAAACGCCUCCAAGCAUGAGAUUAAAGCUGAUUGCUAACAAUACCACAGUGGAAAGGAGGUUCAGCUCGUGGAUUGGUGGUUCUAUUCUCGCCUCUCUGGGAACCUUCCAGCAGAUGUGGAUUUCAAAACAAGAGUAUGAAGAAGGAGGGAAAGCAUGUGUGGAGAGAAAAUGUCCUUAGUACCUUUCAGACUGCUACUAGUAUCUUGCGGCCAUUUUUAAAAUAGCUUUAGCAGACUCAGGAAACAAAGUGACUUCUUUUGUAGUUAAAAUAACUAUAUUUCUUUAAAUCCUCAAUAGACAUAUGUCUGGUUACUACAGUUGCAUAUGACAUGCACCUGUUCCCAAGCAAUAACUCUUAUAUUUUGUUUUUGUUUUGUCAUGAAGGUCUAUCCUUGUAUGAGAAUUAUUUAAUGGUGUUCUGGGCGCAAAUGUCAUAAGAAGUCCAUGGUAGGAUAUUAAAAUGAAAUAUGAAGCCUAGAACAUUACUGUAGUACCAAAAGUGCUCCAGACGUGUACUAGCAUCCUAUUUUGAGCACCCAGUGUGCCAUAUCACACGUAUAGGUGGUUGUCCCUCUCACUGCCUCCAGUUAAAGUACACUGCAAAAGCCUUACCGUAGAUCACAGUAUGCAAUCUUUUAUAUAUUUUGUAUUUGUUUUUGGUAGUUAUUUGUUGUACUCUGUGCACUGUAAUAUACUAUUGCCUUUUAAUUUUUUUUGUUAUAUCUUCCUGAAUGACAUUGUUUUGUAAUUAGACCUUUUACAGUUGUAUGCUAAAAAUGUCAUGAAAUAAAACUGUACUGAAGAACAGUUUGAUAAA